GGUAACUAGCUAGUUGGUAGCGUCCUUAGUAGCAAAGUUUGACCCUUUUCCGUUCUUGCACCUAAAAUCCCAUCGUCAUGCCGCGAAAAGCUUUAACUUGCACUGUUGCAUUAGAUAUCUAUCAGAUAACAUGCCCAGGAACACGGCAUUUGAACGACAGGAAUAUGCUUUUUCUGUCGGUUUGUAUUUUGGGACAGACGAAGAGGACCAAAUCGGUGUUUGCGACGUUCCCUCUCGCACUGAAUGAAAGAAUGUACUUUAAGAGGACUUUCGUAAAUGCAAGGGAACCAACUCAUGUGAUGGGAAUUUUGGAAGAUGAACAUGUGUUAUUUGAACUCGUCCAGUACUCUGAUGUGUAUAAAGGAGGUAAAGUUCUGGCUCGCUAUGAGCAAUCAGCUAGGGAAUUUCUGUAUCCUACACCAACCCUGACAGGCAAAGAUGGUGUAGAGAGGGAGCUGUUACUGGGAAGAACCGUACACUUUACAGGUAUCGAUCCUAAGUUAGAGUUUUCUUCAAACUCUACAAUUCAAGAGACAAAUGUUCCUGGGACAUACAGGGAACUUACCAGUGUCAGUGUUGGUGAUGAUGAUGAUGAUGAUGAAUCAGCUUCUGAUUCUCAGGCUGAAAGCAGCUCAGAAACCGAUGAAGAACUCAUUUUAACACCAGCUCCAACCCACCAUAACCAUAGCAUACAUGCCAGAGAGUACCACUGUAUCUGUGAAUGUCCAAGGCGCCCUGAAAAUCAUGGGAGAGUAACCUUAAGAUCAAGGUCACUGUCUCCAACUCACAGACCAAAGUCAGCCACACCUUCCCUCAGACCUCCAUUCAAGGCUGGCAAGGCUGAUGAGAAAAUCAUAUCCCGUCGCAAGUUUGUAACUCCCGGACAGUCGAGACGGAAGAGUAAAAUUAUUCCUUUGGAGGGGGGCCCGGCUCCGUGUCCAGAUUGUAGAGUUCCACACAAAGAAUGCAUUGUCUGCCAAGCGUACCUGAAAGUCUAUGGCAAAGACUUUUUGAAAUAUCGGUUUGGUCGCGUUCCACACAAGCGGACCACAUCCACGCCGGCAUACACAUCUUUUGCUUCAGAACCACCAAGGCCUCGUGCACCUGCACUAGUUGACGAUCCUCUGGAUGUUUCAAGGGCUUACAGUGAGCCCAUCCCCAGGAGUAGGAGAAUAUUUCCACGGGAACCUGAUGGUUACGGCUCGUAUUUGUCAUCAACUAGUCCAGAGAUCCAUGAUCGGGUAGAUCGCUCGAUUAGAAGGCGUUCUCCGGUUCCUACUUACACUUCCAAACGGUUUGUAGAACUGUCAGACUCUGAAGACGAUAAUGACAGUUUGCUCUCUUUACAAGAACUGAGAUCAGAAAUAAACGGUGCGAGGUUAGAAUCUUUAGACAGAUCAUUUGAGGAUCCUGAACAUCCCACGUUAGGGACAAGAUUAGACAGAAGUGUGACUGUGCCUCUAUCAAGUGACUCGUUCUGGUCUAAUCUCAAGUCUCAGUUCACUGGGCGGUCACACCGGGCCUUAUUUGAAGAGUCAUUAAAAGAGAUAUAUCGGAACAUGUACAACACUGUAAAAGAGGCUCAUUAUUAGAAGCAAAUCGCGACGUCUUGCGAAAAUCCCAUACAGAAUUUCGGGUCUUUUUUACGACGGUUUUGUAACGACGGUUUUUUCAAGUGUUCCUGGGCCAUAUGGUACAGGCAAUGUAGGAGCUAUGGAAGCUUACUUCAACAGUUUUAUAGAGUUUAGUAUUUAAGUUUUCAUCAAACUUUUAUCUUAGCAACUCUUAAACCUUGCAUGUAUUUUUACACUGAUCUGACACACAACUGUGUUCUUUUGUCUAGUCGGUUCAAAGCGGCACGAGUUGCUUAGCUAGGAGUGUGUAGUAUAUGGGAACUC